AUGCAGUAUGGGACUGGGGUGACCCCCCAGGUUUUCGUCCCUCCCCAGCCUUCUGUCCUGAACCCCCAGCCCGGCGUCGACUGGAUCACACCAGCGUCGUCCAGCUAUGCCCCCGACUCCAGUGCCUACCCCUCGUACGGAGGGGUCGGCACCUCAGGACAUGGCGUUUAUGGUAGCUUCGAAGACGAGGCACCCCUCCUUGAAGAACUGGGCAUCGACAUUCCCGCCAUCAUCAAUCGGACAGCUGCCAUUCUGACGAUGCGGCUGUCUAAAGAAAGCUUGGAAAGCUUGGACUUGGGUGGACCCCUCAUAUUCAUGGCCCUCCUAGGCUUCGCCCAUCUCCUGGUGGGUAAGCUCCAUUUCGGCUACAUCCUCGGCUGGACGGUGGUGGGCUCGGGCCUCAUCUGGUUUGUGCUGAACAGCAUGACGGGGAGGUCGCUGGCGGCGAUAGGUCUGGGCGUGGCCGCCGUCUUCUGGAGUGCAGGCACCGCGGCCAAGCUCUUCACCAAGCGCAGCCCGGCGCUGCGGGGCCAGACCUCCGUCAUCAUGUACCCCGCCACCCUCAUGUACACCGCCUUUGCCCUGCUCACCCUGUACUAG